AUGGCAGCUGAGUCUCUGCCUUUCACCUUUGACACAGUGUCCAGCUGGGAGCUGGAAGCUUGGUAUGAGGAUCUGCAGGAGGUGCUGUCCUCAGAGGAAAUUGGGGGAACCCAUCGCUCAUCCCCUGGAAAUGAAGAGGAAGAAUCAAAAACUUUCACUGCUCUUGACCCGGCAUCACUAGCGUGGCUGACUGAGGAGCCAGGGCCAGCAGAGGUCACAAGGAUCUCCCAAAGCCCUCGCUCUCCAGAUUCCAGUCAAAGUUCAAUGGCUCAGGAGGAAGAGGAAGAUCAAGGAAGAAGCAGAAAGCGGAAACAGAGUGGUCAAGGCCCCGCCAGACCUGGGAAGCAACGCAUGAAGGAGAAAGAGCAGGAGAACGAAAAGAAGGUGGCACAGCUCGCUGAGGAGAAUGAGCGGCUCAAGCAGGAAAUCGAGCACCUGAGCAGGGAGGUGGAAAGCACACGCCGGGCUCUCAUCGACCGAAUGGUCAGUCUGCACCAAGCAUGAACAAUGGCACCCUCCCCGUAAGUCCCUCCUGCCUGUCUCCUGGAAACACGGUUGUGCCAGUGCCAAGGGGGCAGCCCUCAGCUGCACAUGCUGAGUCGGGAGGACUGAGGGUAGACCAAAGGAAAGGGUCUCGGCUUGUAUAUGCACACUGUACAUCCUUUAUUAUUGUCCACAGACAGUAAAGUGACUUUCCGUGA